AUGGCUCCCGUUCUGAAGAAGUACAAGGCCGCGGCAGUCAAUGCCGAGCCUGGCUGGUUUGACCUGCAGGAGUCUGUUCGACGAACUAUCCAUUGGAUCGAUGAAGCUGGUAGCGCAGGCUGCAAGCUCAUCGCUUUUCCCGAGCUCUGGAUCCCCGGUUACCCAUACUGGGCCUGGAAAGUGACUUACCAAGAGAGCCUGCCGCUCCUGAAGAAAUAUCGCGAGAACAGUCUCGCAUCCAACUCGGAUGAAAUGCGCCGCAUCCGCGAAGCCGCCAGAGCUAACAAAAUCUGGGUGUCUCUCGGAUACUCGGAGCUUGAUCUUGCCAGUCUGUAUACGACUCAGGUCAUGAUCAGCCCUGCCGGCGAUGUCAUCAACCACCGUCGCAAGAUUCGCGCAACUCACGUCGAGCGUCUGGUUUUCGGUGAUGGUACUGGCGACACCACCGAGUCCGUCAUGGAUACCGAAAUCGGCCGCAUUGGCCAUCUCAACUGCUGGGAAAACAUGAACCCCUUCAUGAAGGCGUACGCCGCCUCUCUCGGCGAGCAAGUGCACAUUGCUGCCUGGCCUCUGUAUCCUGGCAAGGAGACCCUCAAGUACCCUGACCCGUACACCAAUGUGGCUGAAGCGAAUGCCGAUGUAAUUACCCCUAUCCAUCCGUGGAGACUUGAUCUGAUCGCUGACAAGACCGCUCAGCUCGUGACCCCUGCUUAUGCCAUUGAGACUGGCUCCUUCACUCUCGCCCCGUGGCAGACGAUUACUGCCGAGGGUAUCAAGCUCAACACUCCUCCCGGAAAGGAGCUCGAGGAUCCUAACAUCUACAAUGGAAACGGCCGAAUCUUCGGACCCGAUGGACAGAACUUGGUCCCCCACCCUUCCAAGGACUUCCAAGGACUUCUCUUCGUUGAUAUUGAUCUUGACGAGAUUCAUCUGACCAAGUCUCUGGCCGAUUUCGGUGGUCACUACAUGCGUCCCGACCUGAUCCGCCUGCUUGUUGAUACCAAUCGCAAGGAUCUGGUCGUCCACGAGGACCGAGUCAACGGCGGAGUUGUCUACAGUAAGACCAUUGACCGCGUCGGACUUUCAACACCUUUGGAUGCCGCAGCUCCCGAGGCACCCUUAGAAAGCAAAUAG